GUCUACGUGGCAAAGAGGGAAACCCGCUGGGCGUAUCUGAAGAACAUUUGCUUUGUUUACCUCCAUUUUUAUGUUGGUUGUUCUCCUCGUCGUUCUCCUCUCUUCUUCUCUCCUCCGUGCAGCUCGUCACUGGGAGGUCACCAGUGGUCUCCUAGUGUCCUGACUCCUUCACCUUCUCUGUAUUUCCUGCCUCCACAUGUCCGAGUUGUGAUACUUUAAUUUAAUGUAAUUUAACAUAGACACAGGUUUGAGGAUUUGGCUGAAAAGCAGCAGCUUCUAGAAGAAGAAGAAGAAGAAGAACAGGACGAGUUUAACAGGGAACUGCGAUGACGGCACCAGAUUUCUGGCAUACUCUGGAGAACCUGUCAGAGAAACAGUUCAAGGACUUCAAGUGGUUCCUGAAGCAGGAGGACGUCGCUGAAGGCUUCUCGGCCAUCCCGGAAGCCCGGCUGGAGAAGGCCGACAGGCAAGACACGGUGGACCUGAUGGUGCAACAACAUGGCUGCCCUGGAGCGCUGCAGAUAACCUUGAGCAUUUUAGAGAAGAUCAGCAGGAAUGAUCUAAAGCAGUGUUUGUUCAAGACUGUCAGCUCGAGACGAAAGGACCCCAAGAACCACAACCACGGUCCUCUCAACUGCGACUACGGAAGAAUGAAGUCCAAACUCGGGGCGACAAAGACCGAAAUCAAGCUGAUGAUCGAGAAGAGACAGAAGAAGAUCUCGGAAAUCAACCGCGCGGAAGAGAUCAGCAGUAAAUCCGCAGACACGCACAUCGUGUUCAGCGAGCAGGUCUUUACGGUUCUGCAGCGGUCCUUCAAGAGACUCUUGGCAAAUCUCAUCGAGGCAAUCGAAGAAAAGCGGCAAACGGCGAAGACGCAGGCCGAAGGACUCGUCCGGGAGCUGCAGCUGGAGAUCUCCGAGCUGACGACGAGAGGCGCCGAGGUGGAGCAGCUCUCGCGCGACGUCGAGCGCCCCGACUUCCUGCAGAGUUGCUCGGCCCUGAAUGCUCUUCCGCCCACCAAGGACUGGACGGGGGUCGGCGUCUCUCCGCCGUCGUACGGGGGAAGUGUGGCCACCACCGUGAAGCAGCUGGAAGAAACUCUCAGAGAAGAGAAGGAGGCAUUGGUUUCCAAAGCCAAGUUGGAAAGGGUCCGGCAGUUCGCGAAGGCCGUGACGUUGGAUCCCGACACGGCGAACGACAACCUGGUGUUGUCCAAGGACGGGAAAGAAGUUUACUGUGGUGACGCAACGCGGAACCCCCCCGACACCCCGGAAAGAUUCAACCCCGGCAGGAAUGUCUUAGGGAAGCAGAGUUUCUCUUCGGGGAGGUUUUACUACGAGGUUCGGGUGAAGGGGAAGACCUCCUGGGACGUAGGCGUCGUCAAAGAGGCGAUCCACAGGAAGGGGGCGAUCUCGGCGAGCCCCGAGAACGGCUUCUGGACGAUAUGUUUAAGGAAAGGAGACAAGCACAAAGCUCACAAUGUCCACCUCAGUUUGAAACACCGGCUGGAGAAGGUGGCCGUGUUCGUGGAUUAUGAGAAGGCCUCGGUGGCCUUCUACGACGUAGACUCUGCCGAGCUCAUCCACAGCUACGCCGACUGCUCCUUCACCGGGAAGCUCCUCCCAUUCUUCAGUCCCGGUCUUCAUUACGACGGUCAGAACAUCGCCCCGCUGGUCAUCUCACCUGUCAAUCACAAUGAGUACAUCCCAUGAAUCUGCUUCGCUUUUGCAACGGAUUCCGACAUUUAAGAAACAUCGGCAAGUUCCGGCGGUCGAGAUCUUAGUCACUAAACACAUUAAAGAUCCUACAACAGUGUCGGAGAUCAGGAAAACGCUUUGAAACUGUCCAAAAGUGCGUCAGGAUGUGGUUGUAGUACUCGGAUGUACCGCUAGAUGGCGCCACUUCCUCUUGAUCGAGAGUCAGAUGGUGUAGGAAUCCCUUCCUUGUAUUCCUCUGUUGGCUUUACAAGUUCAUUAGUGGAGAAGAAAUCAUGCAAAGUCUUUGUGGAUUGUUGAUGUACGAGAUGGUUUGGGUUAAAUACGUAUAAGAGGCGGAGUCACUACAUGCAACCGUGUUAUAUAACCAGUCUCUACUGGAUCUUCUACAUGUUUUGUUUGACCCCCAAUGGUGCUAUCCACGUAUUCUGUAGCUUUCCUAUCUUUGGCGUAUAAAGACUCAUAAGGCCCCACCAGACUUUGUUAACUUUAAUCAAAUGUGUCCUUCCAUUUAAAUCUAUAUGAAGGUACUCAGUGUACUCAGCCUAAAUGUGACCUUUGACCUUUUGAAUGAAUUGAAUUUACAGCGAAAGAGGAAACUAAUAUCGUAUUUCAGGAUGAUGAUGUCUCUCUGUUACUAGAAAACAUUCCCAUCUCCCACAAAGAGGACAUUUCAAUGUCAUUAAAGUGCUCUACUACACUUCAGGGACAUGUUUUCUCUUCUCAGAUUACACAGAUUCAUCAGUUUUACCCCCCCCCCUCCUUUCCAAAAGCAGGCUUCUGCAUACCAGUGUUGUUGAUGACCUUUAUUGAUGACUCAAAGAUGUGUUUUCUGGUAGAGAGAUAAGGGAACAUUUCCCCUCUGAAUCGGUUAUAGAAGAGAGAUGAUAGAUUAGGAACAUUAGCUCGGGUUUCCACUAAAGGUCAAAUUAAAAUGUCACGUACACAGACACCAAAACUAUCGUAUGAUUCAGAUUCAGAAGAAACUAUUGUAUGACUGGUGGUUGUUUUAGGGGUAGAGUUAACUACUUCACAAGAUAGACAAAUGUUGUCUAGUGGUCAUGACUAGAAAAUGUUUUUAAAUAUAAAUAAUGAAUAAUAUUAUUAAAUAAUGAAUAAUACAAAAUAAAACAUAAAAUUAAUUAAUUAAUACAAAUGAAAAAGAAUAAAAAUAAACAAAUAUAAAAGUUAAAAAAUAAAAUAAUAAUAAUUUAAAAUAGUUUUAAAUAAUACGAUUACAAAUGGAAAAAAAAAUUAAGAAAAAAAGAAUUUUUUUUUUAAAUUAAUAAAUAAGAAUGAAAGAAACACUUUUUUUUAAACAUUAAUACUUGGUAGUUUACUUUUUUCUUGCUCAGACCUGGUAAUACACAACGUCUUAUAUACAAAGAACAGUUACAUCUGCAAAACAAAAGCAGGCCAAUGGUACUUAAUAACUUAAAUGACUAAAGUGAUUAAAUAACCUGAACAGUACACACCUGGUUGUUGUUUAUGUGCGUGUUGCAUUGAGGGCUGCAUUAAAAACACGUUUCAUCUCAGCUCA